CCAGUGCUUAUUGUUUUUUUCCUCUGUUUCAGCACCCAAAGACAAUGAAGAACGUGUGUUCCGGGAACGUAUGCGCCCCAGAAAGCGGCAGGGUGCUGUGCGACGCAGAGUGCAUCAGGUUAAUGGACACAAGUUUAUGGCCACCUAUCUUAGACAACCAACAUAUUGUUCACACUGCAGAGAUUUUAUAUGGGGUGUAAUAGGAAAACAGGGAUACCAAUGUCAAGUUUGCACUUGUGUAGUCCACAAGAGGUGCCAUGAACUUAUAAUAACGAAGUGUGCUGGCUUAAAAAAACAGGAAACUCACGAUGAGCAAGUGGGAUCCCAGCGUUUCAGUGUCAACAUGCCUCACAAGUUCAGCAUUCACAAUUACAAAGUGCCCACCUUCUGUGACCACUGUGGUUCAUUGCUCUGGGGUCUUUUGAGACAAGGUUUACAAUGCAAAGUUUGCAAGAUGAAUGUACAUCGACGCUGUGAAACAAAUGUGGCACCAAACUGUGGAGUGGAUGCUAGAGGCAUAGCUAAAGUUCUUGCAGAUCUUGGAGUCACUCCAGAUAAGAUCACUAAUAGUGGGCAGAGGAGGAAAAAGCUAAUUGCAGGUGCAGAGACUCAACAACCAGUUCCUGGAAGUGCAUCAUCAGAAGAAGAUAGGUCAAAGUCAGCACCAACUUCUCCAUGUGAUCAAGAAAUCAAAGAGCUGGAAAACAACAUUAGGAAAGCAUUAUCAUUUGACAAUCGGGGAGAGGAACACAGGGCAACAGCUACAACAUCAACAGACAACCAGCUUAACAAACCUGGGGAGAAUGGAGAAAAUGGGGAGGUCAAACAGGCCCAGACCAAGCGAAUAGGCCUCGAAGAGUUCAACUUCAUCAAAGUGUUAGGGAAAGGCAGCUUUGGCAAGGUAAUGUUAGCUGAGCUAAAAGGAAAAGAUGAAGUAUACGCAGUGAAAGUCUUGAAGAAAGAUGUCAUACUUCAAGAUGACGAUGUAGACUGUACAAUGACAGAAAAGAGAAUUCUGGCAUUAGCACGGAAACAUCCAUACCUAACACAACUUUACUGCUGCUUCCAGACGAAG